AUAGAGAACCCCUGACCUUUAACCUGACACCUCAUCAGCCAUUGGCAGCAAGACGCCAACCUAUUACUACAGCGCUAAAAGCUGCUCUGUCAUGUGUGGUGGUGCAAACAUCUGAUCCCAGAGAGAGCUGAGAACACAAAUGUAAAAGGAAACAGGUGAUGAAGCGUCUUUUUCUGUCUUUGUACUCACUGUUCGUCUCUCAGAAGAGGAGAACCUGAACGUGUGUGCAGAAAAACGGAGAAACUGAGAGCUGAAACAUGACAGAACGACACGGGAGAAACAACCGGCUUUGACAAAGAUCACAGCUGUACAGAGACGCCCAUGUGAGCAGCAGCAGCAGCAGGAGAAUCUCAUCGUCUCUGUUCCAGCGUUCGGCCGUGGCUCCGGAGACGGUGAUGUGAGAAGAUGUCGGUGGGAGGCUGCGCGUGUCCCGGCUGUUCCUCCAAGUCGUUCAAGCUGUACUCCCCAAAGGAGCCCCCCAACGGAAGCGCUUUCCCCCCCUUCCACCCCGGCACCAUGCUGGACAGAGACGUGGGGAGACACACACCUUACGGGAAUCAGACAGACUACAGGAUAUUUGAACUCAACAAACGGCUUCAGAACUGGACAGAGGAGUGUGAUAAUCUGUGGUGGGAUGCUUUCACUACUGAGUUCUUUGAGGAUGACGCUAUGCUCACCAUCACGUUUUGUCUGGAGGACGGUCCUAAACGAUACACAAUCGGCCGGACGCUGAUUCCUCGUUACUUCAGGAGUGUGUUUGAAGGCGGCGCCACUGAGCUCUACUACAUUCUCAAACACCCUAAAGAGUCCUUCCACAGCAACUUUGUAUCUCUGGACUGUGAUCAGUGUACGAUGGUCACGCAGAACGGCAAACCCAUGUUCACACAGGUGUGUGUGGAGGGCCGUCUGUACCUGGAGUUCAUGUUCGAUGACAUGAUGAGAAUAAAGACGUGGCAUUUCAGCAUCCGGCAGCACAGGGAGCUCAUUCCCCGCAGCAUCCUGGCCAUGCAUGCUCAGGACCCGCAGAUGUUGGAUCAGCUGUCCAAAAACAUCACCAGAUGUGGCCUGUCAAACUCCACCCUCAACUACCUCCGAUUGUGUGUGAUCCUGGAGCCCAUGCAGGAGCUGAUGUCCAGACACAAGACGUACAGUCUGAGUCCCAGAGACUGUCUGAAGACGUGUCUGUUCCAGAAGUGGCAGAGGAUGGUGGCUCCUCCAGCUGAGCCGGCCAGACAGGCGCCGAGUAAGAGACGGAAGCGCAAGAUGUCAGGCGGCAGCAACAUGAGCGCCGGCGGCGGGACCAAUAACAACAGCAAGAAGAAGAGCCCAGCAAACAGUUUCCCGCUGUCCAGUCAGGUCCCAGACGUGAUGGUGGUGGGCGAGCCCACGCUGAUGGGAGGAGAGUUCGGGGACGAGGACGAGCGUCUGAUCACGCGGCUGGAGAACACACAGUUCGACGCGGCUAACGGCAUCGACGACGAGGACAGCUUUAACAACUCGCCCGCGCUGGGAGCCAACAGCCCCUGGAACAACAAGCCUCCAUCCAGCCAGGAGGGCAAGAACGACAACCCCACCUCACAGGCGUCUCAGUGAGACUCGGGCUGGGGGCGGAGCCGGAGGCGGGGCCAGGGGCGGAGGUGCGGUCGACUCAUCCGUCUACCUGCAGUAGCUGGUCUUCCUGUCAGCAGAGGAAGUGCACCUGGAGGACCAGAGAGGAGCGGCACACCUCAACAGAAACCGUUUCUCGACACAGGACAGUUUUUAUUCACACGCUCGUGGUUUUGUUGGUGAUUUAUGAGGAGCCUGUAGAUAGUUCAUAUGUUUAAGUUAAGACGAAGCGGAGAGAUCGGACCACGUAAAACGCCAACAAGACCAAGACAUAUCCAGCUCCUGUUUCACUCACAAGAAAUUAAAUUUUGCAUGAGGAAAAUAUUUAAAAAAAAUAAUAAUAAUUUUCAGUUUUAAUACUGUUUUUGUAUGGAAGCUCGUCUCCGCCACUGAAUACAAAAAUAAAACUUUUAAUCUCACUUUUCUCAGAUUUAGUGAUAUAAACUCACAAUUGUAAGAAAAUAGUAUUUUUUUCCCCCUCUGAAUUGGACUUCAUAACUUGCAAUCGCGAGUUUAGAUCUAAAUUCUGAGAAACGUCAGCAUUGCAAGAAAGUCAAAACGGUGAGAUCUUAACUCGCAAUCGCAAGAAAAGAUCAGAAAUGCCAGGGAAAAGUCGCAAAUUCUUUAUUUAGUGGCGAAACAAGCUUCCGUAGUUUUGCUACUUCAUUGCAAUGAGAGAAUUUUUAAAAAAUGUUAUUCGGCGUAAAUCAAAACACUAGCGUUCUUAUUCUCUCGUUUUGCAUUACAGUGAUGAGAUGCAGGGAAAUGUUUAAUCAUCAUUUCAAUGCAACAAAAUAGACUAGAUAUUUUCUUUCAGCAAAAUGUCAUUUCUUAUUUUUUGGAUGGAAACGUCAAACACCGCAGAUUAAUUUCCACAGUCUCGCAUCUUCCUCUGAUUGCUGGAGGAUGUUUAAUAUCACGCGUUUUGGAGAAUUUUAUCCGUGUUUUAUACCAGCCUCUAUUUCCCUCGAAUGUUUUGUUUUAUUUUUAAUUUUUUGUACCCGAUGUUGAAAGCUGCAAACCAAGGAGUAACUGAACCGUCGAGGUCCUUAAAGAUUUCAAGCCUCAGAUUCUAUUGGUUUGUCUUAUGUUUAAAGAGAGUGGUUUAGCGUGGGCUCUGAUUGGUUUUCGUGUACUUGUGCUUGUAUAUUUAAGGUAGUAGCAGAGUUCUGUAUAACUGUAUUGAGAUGUAUUCCUCCUUAGAGUUACAUAAAGCCAUUCUGAUCUAACGUGUACAAAA